AAUAAACCGACACGGUGGACGACUUCCGGUGAACUUCCGGUGCCUCACUGCACGUUUCCCUCCCGUUGUAUCGCGAAGCGGCAAACGUCUCGACAUCGGCGUCGUUUGAGUAAUUACAGAGAAAAUGAGCAAAGCGCAUCCCCCCGAGCUGAAGAAGUUCAUGGACAAGAAGCUUUCCCUGAAGCUGAAUGGAGGCAGACACGUGCAGGGCAUCCUGCGCGGGUUCGACCCCUUCAUGAACCUGGUGGUGGACGAGUCUCUGGAGAUGGGCCCAGGAGGACAGCAGAACACCAUCGGCAUGGUGGUGAUCCGAGGAAACAGCAUCAUCAUGUUGGAGGCGUUGGAGAGAGUAUGAGGGCAGAGCGGACGGCUGCACACGGAGAGGACAGUCGUCCAUCUUUUUACUUCGUCGUACUUUCUGUACUUUGUUUUGUAACCAGUCCAUCUGAGACCGCAAUGUUUUGUUUGGAUAUAUUUUGAAAUGCGUAAUCUUGUGAAUAAAUCCUUUUCUUUGUAUCUUG